AUAUCAAUUUAUCAACUGUCCCAAGAUAUCAACAAUAAAUACUCUGCGAAGCCUCUCACUUCCUAAUCAUCUUCUCUCUUGCUGUCACCCAAAAGAGUAAUACUACUCUCUUUCUCCGAUCAAACAACAUCAUCGUCUCUCUCCCUCUUUCUAUCUCACAUGGGUUGCUGCGUUAGCUCCGGUACCGCUGAUCGGACCAACGAGAACGUGUCCGACAACAAGAACACAGACAUUGUCGAAGAAGAAACGGUCGUCAAAGAAGUCUUGUCGGAGACAACAUUUCACAAUAGUUCCCCUAAUGUCCAAAACUCAGCCAUGGAUGAUCCGUUGGACAGGAAGAUCCAGGGAACAGAGGAAGAAAAAUUCAAAGUUGAUCCGGACUUGUGUAUGAACCGACCCGUUUCGAUUGACCCGGAAGAAGGAUCGGAGGUUUCGGAGAUAUGUGUUUCUUCAAUGAAUGUGAUGAAUGGGUACGGUGAGGAAGAAGAGAAGCAGACGAAAUCUCAGAGAUCUCCGGCAAAAACUCGGACACGGGUCACGGGUAAUAAUUAUCCGACCCGAAGAACCGAUCAAUCUCCUCGUAAGAGAAACAACGGAGCGUGUAAUACUGGAGCGAGAGUCGGGUCGGGUAUGAGAGACCCGGGUGAGAGAUCCGGAAGAAGGUCGAGAUCGCCGGCGACAAAUAGAUCCGUGAUGGAUUCGAAUCAGAGUCGGGUGGGUGUGGCAAGGACUCGGAAGAAUAGUCAGUCUCCGGGACGCUUUAGGUUAGAUCCGAAUAAAAACACGUCGGAUCAGCAACAAUCUCAAAACUACGGUUAUACCACUGAAGAACUGUUAGAUAACCCUCUUGUUUCAUUAGAGUGUUUCAUAUUUCUCUGAAAAAAAUAUUCCGAGAAAGACGUCUCUCAUUUUUUUAAAAAAGCUGGAUAUUCGUAAUGCCACUUACCUUACCCCUGUAUUUCAUUUUUUUGAUAAUCGAACUUAUUAUAGAAUUAAAAAGUGUUGGGAACCACUUGGUGGUCGACCCAUAUCUGAUUAGACCGAACCGGACCAAGCGCAAGAAGACAUAUCAUUAGGUUAGAUUAGCCUUUUCCAUAUUAGUCAUGUCAUUCCAUUUAUCUACAUGUUUCCAUAUUACUCUUGUACUUGGUUUUUCUUUUCCUUGUUG